CGAAAAUAUUCACUGUAACCAUGGUUGUAAAAGAUGUUUAUUCUUACGGCGCUAAAAAAUUCUAAUUUUAAGAUUGUCAGUCAUCAACAGAAAUUGAUUUUAAGAUAGGAAUUGCAUUCAAAUUUAAUUCCCAUGCAUAACAAAGGUCAUGGAUCAUGAUGACUUCUCCGAUAAGAAAUUUCGUAAAACACUUAAUAUAACAAUCAUUAAUAAUUUUUUGGAUUUAAGCAAUUUUUCUGAUGACUCAUCUAACUACAAAACUCUUUGUGCCUUUUUUGAUCAUGUAAGAAAUUCCUUCAAAGAAAUACCUCACAUAUUUGUUUCAAAUUCAUCCUGUGAGCAAGACCAUGAAACCACAGAGAAAAAAGAUGACGAAUAUUUAUCGUCAGCUUUUACUGAAUGGUUGAUGAUGUGGCUUCUAAAAGUCUUGAGUCACCCAUGCACCUCAUUUGUCCAUAAAGAAUGUGAGGAUUUGUUCAUAUCCCUUCUAAAUCUUAUCAAAUUCAAUAAUGUGCAGUAUUUUCGUGAAAAGGUUCCGCUGAUGAUUAAUUUAUUGAAAGAACUAAAUGAAAUUGCAGAUAAGUUUGAAAAUUCAAGUGAACCUCCAGUGUGUUUGCAGAAUUAUUUUAAACAUCAUAGAAUGGAUACUCAGGAGUUAGAGCUUAUUGAUAUCUCAAUAAUGUUUCACAACUGUGAUGAAUGUGAAGCAUUGCAACAAAAAGUGACCUUUAUUUUAGGGAAAAUUACUUUAGAUAUUUCUCAAUUCAUUCCUGAUCAGCUAAUGAAUAUUUGGAAAAUUUUUUGCACUCAAAUUGAAAUUGGUAGCUUAAUUCUGAAAAAGGAAUCCUUCUUAGCAUUAGAAUUUUUUAUAAGAAAUUGUGGCCUGAUAUUUUCGCCUAGUCUUGUGAAUUACUUGUUAAACUGUGUUGCUGCUGUCUUGAAAUUUUGUAUUAUUUUCAAAGAUGAGACUGCAGACUAUUCAAGAGAGCUCUUAGAGUUAGAAGAUAGUAUUGCUUUAUUUUUGCCGGCACUUACUGAUGCUUUCGAAAAACCAAUGAACAAAUAUACAUUAAACACUGCUUCUUCGUGUAAAUUUCUUCAAAUGUUUAUGAAGACCAUUUUGCUUCCUGGGUUUAUGAACACAAAAGAUGACUUUCAAUUGUCUGUCGUUAAUAGCCUUGUUUGUUUGUUGAAACAUAGCCGUAAAAAUGGAUAUCCAAUGCCCUAUAAUACUCAACAGAAAUAUUCUGAAUCUUUGUUAAAGUUGUUUCUUACAAAUUCGAAAGAACAUAAAGCUUUAAUUCCUCUGCUAAAAUAUUUUAUUUUAAUUGAAUUUGAAGAUCAUUCUUCUUCUGAAGCUCCUAUAAGAAGUCUUGAAUCGUAUUCUUCAUUUGAAAAUAUGUCUCAUAAAUCUAAAACAUGGCAACAGUUGUAUGAAGAUGUACUUAGCAAACUGUGUUCAAAUAAUCUAAGUAAUUUAGAAAAGGUUAUUGCUCCCAUGGCAAUCAUGAUUCAUUGUUUCUGCAAAGUUGCUCAUUCUGAUAAAGUUGAGUGGAAGUGUAGCCAAAUAUAUAUGAAAUUUCCACCUCCCAACAAGAAUGAAAAUCAUAAUUUAAGAAAAUAA